GAAACAAAAACACGCUCGAGUUCUCGUCUCCUAGCUGCACUUAUCCGCCGAAGAGAGUCGGUCGGCAUUUUCAUCCGGCUCCGUGCGCUAUCUUAUCUCCGUUCGCAUCCACGUUAUCGGAUGUAGCGGUACCGUCGUCCGGGGCUCCGCAAUGCAUUCAGACACACGCAAUGCAGGUUCUAGCGAGUGAGAGAUUAGCGAAACGAGCGGGCGUGUGCAAAAACGAUGAGCUAAACUUUCUUUUUUUCGCUUAGCACGCUGUUAUGGAUACGAAAGUAGGUGCGGUUGUUCGUUUCUGACACGCCGCAGACGCCCCCUCCUCCUGCGGUCGGAUCAGCGUAGACGCCGCAGCAAGAACAACAUGGCCGAUGCCGACAGGGACCCUCCUGUGCACAGAGUUCGUCACCACGCGUGCGGCGUCAACUGGCGGCCCACGCGAUUCAUCGACGACGUGCCGUACUACCACACCUGCGGCCUGUGCAAGGUGAUACCGAAGCGGACGGUGUUGCUGCCAUGUUCGCACGUGCUGUGCCAGUCGUGUCACAAGGGCAGCGUUGAGGAAGAGGGUGGCGACAGUGGCGUGUGUCCCUUGGACCAGGAACCGUUCCAAGUGAGCGAGUGCGCCCGGAUUAAGUUGUCCGUGACGAAGGCGAACAGCCUCAAAGCGUACUGCUGGAACCAAGAGCACGGCUGUGAGUACGUGGGCACCCUGCAAGACAUUCUUGCACACUGCGAAGAGGAGUGUGCCUUUCAUGCCGUAUCCUGCCCGCGUUGCAGAGAGAACGUUCUACACGCCGAUCUUCCGGCCCACUACAUGGACGGUUGUGGUGAGGGAGACAGCGAGUCGUCGACCGAAACCCAAGAGUCUUCGGAACAGAACGGUGAAUGCAACUCUCGUGACGAAGGCUUCAGUCUAGAAGAUGUCAAGGCGUUCCUGGCGGAGCUUGAGGUGCUCGACACUGAUUAGCAGGAACAAAAUUGAGAGCCUGCUGUCUCGACCGAAACGAUACGAGAAUUCUUGCGAGAACGACCUUUGUUAUUUCCCCUUUAUGUGAUACAAUAGGGAUGAAUUAGGAACAUUUUCUCGAGUAUUUAUUCGUUUUCGAUGUCGCCUGACGUUUACAAGCGCCAUGAGUGGCCGUGAUAUUUGGUGCAAUCAUGCAGUGCCCAAGACUGUUCGACACAACGACACACCUUAGUUUCUUUAUGUUUUUCUGCAUAUUCCUUGGCCAAUCAACCCUGAGAUCCACAGGAAGAUGGAGGCUCCAAGCAAUGAACAGUGAUUGAGACGGUCAUCUCUCCUUCAGCAACAUGCCAUCUUCGACCACUGUUGAUGAGAUUUUGUGUUGUUUUGUUUCCAUUUGUUAUUGUUUUUCAAUCUUAGCGCUGCCUCUGACUCGUCGACUGAAGUGCGUGAAUUGAUCCAGUGAAAAUAAAGAUUUUAAUACUUUUGC